CAAAACUCACUCUCAGUUCAUGUUGUACUUAUGUGGGCGAGAGCCAGAUGCUCUAUUGCGCGUAUGACGGCUUCGAGCUCAGCAAUAUCUACCCUCGACCCUGCGAAACUCAGAGCAAGAGAUUUUCUAGACCUCUCAUCUCUCAGACGUUUCCUUGUUGCGAAAGGCUCUAAAACUGAGUGUCGCUCCAUGCUCUACUAUCAGCAGUCACAGAAAAAUAUCGUUCCCUUUCCGCCGAAAACGACUGGAUUUCUCUACUACUACCGACCACCGAACGGUACCUCCGUUGCUGGCGCUCUGCGUUUCCGUUGUGUCAAACCACAGCAAGAUCCCCAGGAUCACUUUGCAACUGGUACCGACCUCAUAUUGGAGGAUGGGCAUACCCCAUGGGAGCUUCCUCCAGCUCGGUUCGCCCGAACGCAAUUGCCCGCAUUGCGGAGACUUCUUUUGGAGGACGGGUUAGUCACCCUUGCAGAAUUGGCCCACUGCCGAGAAACUAUGGCGUUACGGUUCCGGACACGUCUGCAUUCGUUCAGCCAGCCAUUCGUCACGGAAUUUGGCGUUAAACAUCAUCUACACAUCUUCUUCGCCAACGGCGAUAGCGAAUUGUUGUGCCUUAGGGGCCCGUUCGUAGACCAGAUCAAGCAAAAACUGACUUGGCCCUACCAAGGCAAAGCUCUCGUCCGCUUUGAGCUCUCUGCUCACCCGUCACACAUCGAGGACGGCAAAAAAUAUGUUGUCAUUCGCAUCAUAAAGAUGAUUUCUCCGCCCAUGUUGAGGAUUUCCAAUUAUUUGGGCUAUCUUCCGCCACCUGUGGAAGGCGAGCUUGUUAUGCGAAGGAGGAGGAAAUCGCCGCUUGGGAAGGAGAUGGUCAAGAAGGAUUUAAUACCUUGGGCAGUCAACUUGAAUUCUUCUACUGAUGUCGGGAGAAUAUUAGCAAGACUUUUCAGUGAAAGCGGGGAACUGAGUACAUAG